AUGCCACCAGUAUUUGAUGCAGUUCCAUUUGAUAUAUGGCAUCAAAUCGCUGGUUAUCUUGAUCCAAACGACUAUGUUAACCUAAGUCUUGCCAACCGCACACUUUACCGCUUGCUAAAGGAUGAGAUUACAGCUCGAAAAGCCGUCAAGGCUCAUAUCGCGUAUACUGUUGAAGGUGAGCUUGCUGCGGCGAAGAAGAUUUCAAAUCGUGAAGCACUCGGAAGGGUGUACGACAUACGUGAAGCUAUAGCUAGUGCUCAGCCAUACUCUGCAAGUUUACUUGCACUGGGCAAUGAAUUCCUUUUCAACCAGGGGGUCGUAUGCUACAUCAGUGACGGGCGUAUCCGAACUUUGAACGUUCUAAAAGCAGCCGAAUAUGAAGAGGUUGUCGACCUGAAAGAAAUCCUUGACUCCUAUCCCCUUAUAUCAAAUGGAAGACCUUAUUCAAAACUCAGGUACAAGUUACUGUGCUACUGCGAUGGAAUGGUUGCACUUGUGUGCCAGCCUGGCGGGCGGGACUCGUCGUGGCUACUUGCAAUAGACAUGAACUUGGACUACUCGACUGCCAGGAAACCCUACCGUGUCAGAUUCUGUCGUCCUCUAACCUCUACUCGGAACCUUUUCGUGCGCCUCAACCGUUCGUUUAUGUACUUUGGCACCCACUCCGGCCGUGGGCGGCAUGGACACCGUGAGUGGGUCUUAGAAGGGUUCAGCUUUGUGGAGGGCUCAGAUACGUCCCUAGAGCCUAUCCAGCUCGAAAAUUUCGUGGGAUCUGAGAUUGGAUCGACUGUGUGUUUUGAGGUUAAGGAUGGUUACUUCUACGCCAUUUCCAAUCAGACUUCCUUUGAGGAUGAAGAAAUUGACUGGACUUCCUACUAUAUUUGUGUACGAUUCCCACUCAGCAACCCAGUCGAGGUCAAGUGGCAACGAAUUUGGCGACGACAGCACCGUGAAGGUCCGAUUAACGAUAACUGGACGAAACUGUCUCUUGUGGUAGACCCGACAACGCGUCAAUUGACCAUUGUGGAAUGCAGACAUGAGUGGGAAAACAGUGGAAGUGAGAACUUUCGUAUUCAUUAUAGUCAGCCCCUCGAUUGCUUUGAUCUUGUCGAUGGUACCCAUGGAACGGAGUUCUCGCUCCCUAAAAGCGGCCUUCCCAAAUACCUGCCAGUUCGCUCUCUUCCGGACGACCAGUUAGCUAAAACCCUUGAUCCGUCCAGCCGUCCAAAUUAUGAGCCUCCUAAGAAGCGACACAAGAGAUUCUAUCAUCUCGAAUAUACUCCUGAGGAAGCCCAGUCUCCCAGCCGUCGAGAUUUCACCCUCUCUAACACAAAAUUCCAUGGAUACAAUCUCAUGGCAUCUGCGUUUAUUGAUCUUGUUAAUGACCCCCCGCAACCUGUCAAAUCAUUCACCACACCUCCUGACAGACUCAGGCUACGUAUUGGAGCGAGAAAACGUCAAUUUCAACAAUAUGAAAUGGACGAUAAAGGCUCUUGUGCUACGAUGUACCCUCGUAGCGUCAUAGACAUCAGUGGCUAUUCAACCUCCAAAAAUGAAGAAGGAUAUCAAUCUUGUGGAAUAAAGAUGUGGCCUCCGAAUGAUGCACCACUAGAGCUACUGAAGCUUUUGAGUCCUACUCCAAAAUCCGGAAAGGUUGUUGCCGCUGCUGACGAACGAUUCAUGGUCUAUUCAACUGAUGCCGGGAUGAAUGAUGGAACCAAGGCACUUGUCUUGAUCAGCUUCGACCCAUCAUUUGGUUUGAAGCAUAUGAAGCCUCUCAGGCGAAAGACCCCUGAAUUUCAUCCAAAAGUGUUACGUUCCAAGAAAGCCCAGCCAGAUGCGAAAAUCUCGACUGCUCAGAAAAUGUUUGCUACCCACCCGGAACCUACCUGGUUCAAAAUGGAGCCUGCUGAGUAUUUGAAGUUUAACUACGGAUUCUGGCUCAGAUAG